AUGUAUAAGUUAACGUUAGAAAUGAAAGGCAAGGAAGAAACAGAAUUUUAUGAGGUGUGGGAAGUGAUGCCAGUAUGGAGUUCCAUGAUCUCCCUCUUUCAGAUGGUUUCUCGUCGGAAAGUAAUAACUGCCAAUGGCUACAGAGAAUCACACCUGCAUCGCUGCCUUACUGUCCUGGAUUUAGUAGCCUUUGGGGUGGGCAGUACUCUAGGUGCAGGGGUGUAUGUCUUAGCAGGGGAAGUAGCCAAGAAUAUCUCGGGACCUAGUAUUAUCAUUUCCUUUUUUAUUGCUGCUAUGGUAUCCAUUUUGGCAGGAUUUUGUUAUGCUGAAUUUGGAGCCCGGGUGCCUCUAGCAGGAUCAGCAUAUCUGUACAGCUACGUCACAGUUGGAGAGCUAUGUGCCUUCGUCACGGGGUGGAACCUGCUAUUGUCCUAUGUAAUUGGAGCUUCCAGUAUAGCCAGAGCAUGGAGUGCUACUUUUGAUGAGAUUUUGGGCAAAAACCUGGGAAAUGUUUUCAACAUACAUCUGACCCUGAGCAUCCCAGGUCUGGCUGAAUAUCCAGAUAUCUUUGCUGUUUGCCUAAUUUUUCUGGUAACAGGCCUCCUUUCCAUAGGUAUAAAAGAAUCUACCACAGUGAAUAAAGUCUUUACAACUAUUAAUGUGGUCAUCCUUGUCUUCAUAACAAUUAGUGGGUUAUUCAAAGGAGACCUGAAAAAUUGGAGAUUAAGUGAAGAUGAUCUGCGAAGUAAUCAAACUGUGGCUGGAAAUGGAACCCGGAAAUAUGGAACUGGAGGGUUCAUGCCAUAUGGCUUUUCAGGCACUCUGGCUGGAGCUGCUAUAUGUUUCUAUGCUUUUGUUGGAUUUGAUUGCAUUGCAACUACAGGUGAAGAAGUAAAGGAUCCUCAUAAAUCUAUCCCCCUGGGAAUCGUUUUCUCACUUCUCAUCUGUUUCCUGAUAUAUUUUGGUGUUUCUGCUGCCUUGACCCUCAUGAUGCCCUAUCAUCUUUUGGAUCCACUAAGCCCAUUACCAGUGGCUUUUGAAUAUAUUGGAUGGAGAUCAGCCAAGUACGCUGUUGCUGUGGGGUCACUCUGUGCACUUACAACCAGCUUGUUGGGUUCUGUGUUCCCAAUGCCACGAAUUUUAUUUGCGAUGGCCAGGGAUGGACUUCUCUUUCAUGUUUUGGCCAGAGUGAACAGCCAACAAAAUCCAGUAAUUGCAACUUUGGUAUCUGGAGCAGUUGCAGCACUGCUGGCCGUCCUUUUUGAUCUGAAGGUCUUGGUUAAUGUGAUGUCAAUUGGAACACUGCUAGCCUACACUUUAGUUGCUGUCUCCAUUCUACUUCUCAGGUACCAACCUGAUCCUAGUUCUCCAGAACCAAUAGAAAAGACAGCUGUAAGCAGAAUGGCAUGGAUAGACCUCCUCAUACACCCUGAUAUAAUCCCAUCCCAUCAGUCUUCCAGACUGGUGGUAUACACAGUGUUUAUUCUGGGUAAGUUUUGGGCACAUUUAGAAUUCUGA